UAGGGUUUGCAACUCCGAACUCUGAAUCUGAAGGCACCAUGGGAAGGAAAGAGAAGCAGAAAACGAAGGCAAUAGAUCACCAAGAAAACUGUGAGGGAAACAACAAUCUCGAUGGUGCUUCCACGCCGUCGCUUGUGUUCAGCAGUGACGAUGAGGAAGCAAACCAAGAUCUGAGCCUCAAGAUCGUCGAAAAGGCCUUGCGAAUGCGUGGGGUGAAGCUCGCCCCCAACGACGAUAUUUCGAACGGUGACGGCGGUGUCGUUUCGUCUUUGCAGCAACCCGAACUUGCAGUGAUGCAAAUCGACGACGAUUUGGAUGGGCCGAAUGGAAUCGCUGCUUCUCAAGUGAUGGAGAGUAAGAAAACGAAGUUGAGGGUGGAGUCCUAUGAUCAAAAUGUUAUUAUAGCUGAAGAACCAGAGAUGGACGGGACAAUGAAAGCCACAGAGAAUCAUGAGUCUGUUGAAGCUAGUGUGGUUCAGAUGGGCGACAACAUUGUUCUACGAAAGCUGCUUCGGGGUCCAAGGUAUUUUGAUCCUCCAGAUAGUAGUUGGGGAACAUGCUAUAAUUGUGGCGAGGAAGGUCAUGCUGCCGUAAACUGUACCGCGGAAAAGCGAAAGAAACCAUGCUAUGUAUGUGGCGGUUUGGGACAUAAUGCAAAACAAUGCUCUAAGUCACAGGAUUGCUUUAUCUGUAAGAAAGGUGGUCAUCAUGCUAAAGACUGUCCAGAGAAGCAUAUGAGUGCUUCUAAAAGCUUAACAAUUUGUUUGAAGUGUGGAAAUUCUGGGCAUGAUAUGUUUUCAUGUAGAAAUGAUUAUUCACUGGAUGAUCUCAAGGAAAUUCAAUGUUAUGUCUGCAAGAGAUUUGGCCACUUAUGUUGUGUCAAUACUGCUGAUGCAACACAGAUAGAAAUAUCUUGUUACAAAUGUGGUCAGUUGGGUCAUACUGGUUUGGCAUGUUCAAGGUUGCGAGGUGAGACCACUGGUGCAGCCACACCUAAUUCGUGUUAUAGGUGUGGUGAAGAAGGACAUUUUGCCCGGGAAUGCUCAAGUUCUAUCAAGGCAGGUCAGACCACUGGUGCAGCCACACUUCAUUCAUGUUAUAAGUGUGGUGAAGAAGGACAUUUUGCCCGGGAAUGCACAAGUUCUAUCAAGGCAGGGAAGAGGGUUCGUGAAUUAUCAAACACAAAAAAUAAAAGAUCCUAUAAAGAAAAUGAUUACAUGGGACAUAGGUCUGCACCUCAUGAUGUGGGUAAGGCUCGUAAAAAGAAUUGGCCUCCUACAGAAGAAAGAGGAUAUACAACUCCCAAGAAAUCAAAGAGUAGAGGUGGCUGGAUGAUGGAGCAUCCUGCAGAAGGAGGUUUUACAACUCCGAAUAAAUUCAAGAGUAGGGGUGGCUGGAUGACUGAGCAUCCUGGGGAAUUCUCUCCUUCCAAGCCCAAAAGAAGCAGUUGGAGGUCUCCGGGGACAUCAUCUACUAGAAGCACUAAAAUUCAUUCGUUUGGUGGUGGAAGUCAUACUCCAAGUUCUAAAUCUUCCAAGGCGUGGAAGGAUCAUGCUGGAACCUCAAAGUCCCAAGGAUCAGCCAAGGCUUUUCAUCAUAGGUUUUCAGCAUCAAGGUAUGGCAAUUCUAGUAGUGAUGGACAUAGAAAUCACAACUGGUGGUAGCUUCCGAAUAUUCUGGAUUUUGUUUUCUAUUAUUCCUUGUGUAAACACGUGAAAGGAUAUUUAUGUUUUUCGAAUUAAUAUUCAUUUUCCCUUUCAGUUAUUCGUUCAAAAAUAUGGUCGUAAUCUUCCAAUUCUAUCUAUCAUUGAUGGGUUGAAGGCAUGUAACUUUCCUGUUAAAGCUUCAUUUUUAUGUUUGUAUCGCUACCUUUGAAUAUC